AUGGUCAAUGUACCUAAAACCCAAAGGACAUUCUGUGAGAAGUGUGGCAAGCAUCAGCCUCACAAAGUGACCCAAUACAAGAAGGACAAGGUUUCCCUGUAUGCCCAAGGAAAGAGGCACUACAAUCGGAAACAGAGUGGCUACAGUGGGCACAUGAAACCCAUCUUCCAGAAGAAGGCUAAAAUGACAAAGAAGAUUGUGCUGAGGCUUCAGUGUGUGGAGCCCUGCUACAGAUCGAAGAGAAUGCUGGCCAUGAAGAGAUGCAAGCACUUUGAACUGGGAGGAGGCAAGAAGAGAAAGGGCCAAGUGAUCCAGCUCUAA